CCUAGCGGUUGUAUUUAUUUCCGGUGUGCGCUGACCGCCAUUUUGUUUUAUACUGUUCAAGGGUAUCGUGUACAGAGUCAGCCUCAUUCUCAGCCGACAAGCAUGUACCGCUUCGCUAAAGCAGCUCUAAACCUCAAUGGACAAGCCGGACGUCAGGUUGCCGUGAGACACGUGUCUUCAGAGGCAUCCCGAGCGUUCCAUGCGAAGUUCGGCAUGCCGCUGCUGGUUACAGGGGCAACGUUUUGUACUGCAGUCUGGGCCUAUGUGAUCACAUCCACUGGCAUCUCGUGGAAUCUGUCCCCUGUUGGCAAGGUCCAGCCUAAAGAGUGGAAGGAGUAAUGGGAAACACUAUUCCAAUCGUUCCAUUUGGUUCAUGGAUUUGCUUUACACCUAAUUCCCUGUUGGUCGGACAUGUCUGUACAAAUGUAAUAAAUUAAAUAGAAAUA